GUAGGUUUAUAAGCACUAUAACAUCAGCAAGUGAGAAGUUAAUUUUUACUUCAGAAUUCCAUCUUUUCUCUUUCAGUGGUUCAGUGCAAUAAAAUGGACACCAGCAGUAAAACAGAGCUUACAAUGGAACCUCCGGCUUAUGGAUUUGUUCAAAGGGUGCAAAACAAGAAGACAGUUGUGAUUGCAGUUACUACAGUUUCUUUGGUACUAAUUGGAGUGAUUGCUAUACUGAUUGGUGUUUUUGUCACUCAAAGACACUAUGAAAAAAUUUUUCAGCAAACUCUAACUGGCUCAGAUGGAGAAAACACUGAUCAGACCGUUACUGUCAACAGCAAAGAAAACGUUGUUACAUUUUAUUCAACUAAAGGAAACUCAUCAGCUACAAUUGUGUAUGAUUACAGUCGUAACCUUCUUGGAUACAAAGUCACUAGAAAAGAUUCGUGCCUUGUGGUGAAGCUAGAAAGUGGCAAAUUUCCAGGUCUUGAUGAAGUUGUUGAUGGAUUUCAGAAUGGACAAGCACUAAAUGCAAAUGAUGCAAAUGAUGACAAAAAGCUUACAAUCUCUGCAACGACAUCUGAAGUUGUGGAUCGUACUGUUUUGGGAUCUACCAUAAAUGCUUUGUGUGCUAAUAAUCACAUCUAUUGGGCUCAACAAGGAAAUGGUAAAGGACGCGCAUACUACUACUACUAUUGUUACUGCUACUAUUAUUAUUAUAAUUAUCUCCUUUACUGCUACCAAAUAUGCUAUUAUUAUUAUUUUUAACAGACUAUAUUCAGCCUGCUUGAAGCCUCCUCUUCAUUAAAUGUCUGCUUUCUGCUUGAUGAAUCUCAAUAGUAUAACAAACUGCAGUACAGCUUUAGUUUAUGCUUCAAACUGCAAAACUAUGUAAAUUAUAUUUCUGAUGCUGUAUCAUAGAAUAGCAGUGUUAUUACAGCACUUUUCCCUAAUUAGAUAUUUGCUAAUAUUAUAUUAGAUAAAAUGUGAAAUAAAGCUACUGUAUCACUGUUAGCAAUUUAGGUAAACAUUCCAAAUGCUCUCUCUCUCCUUUCACAUGGCCAGACUUCACACAGUCCUACAGAUGAGUGCGCAAAGUGGCACUCCAAAAAGGGGUAUGGGUGAAAUGAACCUCUAGUGUUAUGUGAUUCCAAGCAGUUAUACACACGACCAUUUCACAUGUACAGAGAAUAUGGUAGUGAGUAUAAAGGCUGCAUGCUUGUAGUUAUAGGUCUUUGGACACCUAUGGAGGGUAGUGUCAUUUGCUUAAACUGUUGGGAAUCUGAGUCAUCUGGCAUUUACAUUUUAUAUUCAAUUAAAAAUGAAUGAUUAUGUGAGAUAAUUUGUUCAUUUAUUUGUCAAUGAUGCUUUAUUGCACAAAAUGCAUUAAAUCACUGUUAAUUUCGAAGCUGCAAAAUUACCAUUAAAACUGGAUACACAAAAAUGGAAUGCGAGUGCUUUCUUGUGUCACUGUUUUCUGUAUCUGUAGCUUCUAGUUAAUAUUGAUACAUUUGUUGAAGUACUGUAACCACAAUGACAUUGGUAUUGUUUUGUUAUUAUAUAUUUUUAUUAUACAUUAAAUUCAUACAAUGAAAAUCUAAAUCAUUCUUGUAUCUAGUUACGGAGUACUAUUGAAACUCAAAGUCAUAUAUUAAUGGCAUUUCUCAGUCAUAUUUUUUGUUUCUGAUGCACAGGGAGUAUUUUUUACAUACUAAGUUCUGAAAUUGUACUUUUUGCCUGCAUAAUCAGUUUUACAGCACUGGCUGAUAACAUAUAUCACAGAACAGCAUCACAGCAUUCUACGCUCAAUGUUUUGUUUGUUUUGUAAAGUAUUUGCUGUCUUUAUUCCUCCACUGCAAAACUUAAAAAUAAA